GAGGACUUUUUGUGAUCUAAUGGUCAGAGUCCAACCAGAGAAGUACAGAUAUUCUGGUUGAUGAAGCGAUGGAUUCUGAGUAUCACCAGUUUGAAGCGCCCCAUAGAAGCUCUGUGCGUGGAGAGCAGAAAUUUAAGAUAGAAAAAGGUAUGAGGACGAUAGUGGUUUCUGUCCUCUAUGGCGUCUUGGUGCUGCUGUUGUUAAUUCUGCUGAUGGUAACUGGGAUAAAAUUCUCCCAGCUAAACACGGAAGUCACUGAAGUCAAACUUCACCUUGAGAGAAUCAGCCACAGAACACCAUCCAGCUCAGCUCUCCACACUGAUGGUACAAAACCUGUGCAGGAAGUCAUUUUAUCAGCACUUGUCCCAGUUCGAGGAAUGUGUAGGGAAGGAUGGGUGUCCUUCCAGAGCAGUUGCUACCUGCUGUCCCGCGCCGCUGUGACCUGGAAGAAAGCAGAGGAACAGUGCCAUGGACACGGGGCACACCUGCUGGUCGUGAAUAACGUGGAGGAACUGGACUACAUUUCAAAAAUUGUUGUCAUCAGUGUGAACUAUUGGAUUGGACUUGUGGAGCGAGACCAUGAGGACCACUGGAGCUGGGUGGACGGGACUGACAUCACUUCAACCCAAAUGUUCUGGGAUGAGGGUCAGCCCGACAACUGGGACUACAGGGAUAAUGGAGAGGACUGCGGGCAGAUCCACGCUUCUGAGAAACGCAAACGCAAGUUGUGGAACGAUGCAGACUGUAACCUGCCAUACAGGUUCAUCUGUGAAAAAAGGGUAUGAGAGGCAGAAUCUCUGUUAUCUGCUGAGCCCUCACCAACAAGACAGCUUGGAUAUGUUGGAAAAUCAAACAUGGGCUGAAAGUUGCAUAAUCAACUGUGAGGAUUUUCCUGAAUAAUAAAACAAUAACUAUGAAAACAA